CGGAUGGAACGAAGCCCACGAGGUUAGUAGUAUUAAUUAGUGUGUACUUUAUCUUUUCGGCCAAAAGGAAAAUGCCUAAACCAAACAAAUACUUGAAGCACAAGCCAAACGAUGUUUACAAUUACAAUUUACAACACAACAACAAUACAAGGUGGCAGUGGUGACUGGUGGGUGAAGCAGAAGCACACCACAUGAAACCAAAAAACCCAAAUUCAACACCGCCCUUUUAAGUUUUAAUACUUUUCAGAGUCCCACCCUCACACAAGUUCAUUCUUUUUUUGUCACCCUUUUCCGAUUACAUCCUUGUCCUCUUCUCCAAGCAAUCAAAAAAUCUUCUUCUUCCUCUUCACUGCGUGCUCCUCUGCGUGAAACUAGGACAACCCUUUUGGCCUCUUUCGCUCUUUGCCUCCCAAAGUCUUUAACUUUCUCAUUGUAGCUCCGUACAAUGUACCCCAUGUCACUUCGUUGGUCUAUUUCCUCAAAUUGAGGAACAACUAGGUGGGUGGUGCUUGGUUUUUGAUGAUGGCUGAGAAUGUUUGACUUGUGUUUCCCACAAGUUUGAUUCUUUUGUUUUGUUCUUUUUUUCCUUUUUAAUCCUUCAGUUUGAUGGUUUCUUAGUUCUGUUUUUCUGCCUGUUAUACGUGGCUUGCUGCUCCUUUUUGCUGUUCUUCUCUCUUGGUUUUUGGAGGAUUUAUUAAACCUUGAUUGUUUGAAGGUUUUGUGGGGUUCUAUUAAUGACUAAUUAUAUUGGAUUAGACACUAGGCUUGUGAUUACAUAGGGCAGGGAAUUCUUAUAAUAUAACAUUUUUUUUGUUGUAUUCUGUGUCUCUGAUUCAGAAGUCUCCAUUAGCCUAUUUUCUUUUUUGAUAAAGCAAAUUGCUUCAUGUGACAAGAACUUGAGAGUUGAAACUGAAAUCAAAUCCUUGAUUAUUUUGAGGGCACAAUGGUUUAAGUGUGUAUAGAAUGGGGGAUAUUGUUCUUGAUUGAAGUUCCUUCUUCAUCACCAAGCCUUCAGUGAGUUGUGUACAUGUGUACAUAGAGAAAGAGUGAACAGUUUCUUAUUGCAGUGUGCAGAACAUCAGUUUUGAUCACUUGUAAAUUGGGAAUUUGGAUUGGAAGGCUUCAAUUUGUGAAUAAUUGUGAGAAGUGGGUUAUUUUUGCAACAAUGGUUUUAACAGAGUGAUAUUAUGAAAUAUUGGAUUGGUCAUUCAGAAAAAGAGAAAGCAAUUGCUCACAUAAUUCAGACGCUUAUACUGAAACACAAAUUGACUCCAUCCGCAAAAAAGGAUUGAUGCAUUUGAUAUGAGUAAUGGAAGGAAGUGAUCAUUCAUUAGUACCACAAUGGUUGAAAGGCAGUGGAAAUGAUAGUAGGGUGGCUGGUAUAAACAACCAAUUCACAUCAUCACCAUACUCUGAUCAUAUUGCUUAUUCUGGUCGUCAAUGGAGUUCUAGUAGCAAAGGUCUUGGCCACUCAAGGUCAUAUAGUAGUUCUGAGAGAAGCUGGCAGGAUACAGACUGGGAGAAAGUUGAUGGUAAUGGCCUGACCUCAGUAUCACAUGAUAUUCUUAUGACAGUUGGAAGCAGUAUCAAGGCUAUGACGAUGCAUCAGUAUAAUGUUUCUACAAGCACAUCUUCUAUUACUCUGGGCACAAUGGGCCUCAGUAUGGCCGAGACAUUGGCUCAGGGUCCACCUCGCUCUCACUCACCACAAUUAUCUGCUAGUACUCAAAAGCUUGAAGAGUUGGCCCUUAAGCAAUCUAGGUUAUUAAUCCCUGUGACACCAUCCACACCAAGAUCCCUGGUUUCUAGCUCCUCAGAGAAAUCAAAGGUCAAGACAGGGCAGCAGCAGUAUCCCUUCUCCCAUUCACGUCGACCCAAUCAUUCUUUACAUGGUGCUCAUCUAAACUUAGAUAUACAGAAAAUUAGUUCUGGUAAUUCCCUUAAUGUCAGUACUUCACGAGAGUUGAAUGGUGUGUCUUCAGCUUCAAAGGACAACUUAAGUCCCAAUAGUAGAGUAGUUCUUAGUCCAGUUGGUGCCACUAGAUCCACUUCUAUAUCUGCUCCCUCUAGGAGCUUAAGUAACAAUUCAACCCCUUCUGCAUGGAUAACAUUGGAAAAGAGACCUACUUUUCCUAUCCAGAGCAGGAAUGAUUUCUUCAAGAAUCUUUCAAGGAAGAGUUCCGUGGAAAAACCUUGUUCUGAUGUCUUGCCUAUUGACAUGUCUUGUGCCUUGGAGAAGUCUGAAGCCAGCACAAGGAGUGUCUCUAGUUGUCCCAUUCUGGAGUCCAGAGAUGCCUCUUUAGUGGAUACAUCCGCUGUGAACAUGUUGACUGACUACGGCUCCACAAUUACUGAGAAUGGCAAUGCUGCCAAUGAACCUUUGAAACUUUCAAGCAGCAGUGACAAGCAAGAUAGCAGCAACCCAUUUCCUUAUGCAGAUGAGGAUGAGAUUGCAUUUUUACGUUCGCUUGGCUGGGAGGAAAGUGCAGGAGAUGAAUAUGAUGAAGGCCUCACUGAAGAGGAGAUACAAGACUUCUAUGAAAAGUACAUGAAAUUGAAGCUGUGAUCAAAUAUUCUCCAACAUAUGCGUCAAAAACACUAUGCAUUACACAGCCACUUGACUCGAAUACUGGGGGAUAUGGUGGAGCGCCAUGAGUAAAUUAUGUUCAAAAUUUAGAAGCAUGAUAUUGCAGGAUUUGGAAUAUGAAAGUGAUGAGACAAAAAUGUGCUUUAAAUAUCUCUUUAGGAGCAUGAGUGUUUAAAUUAGUGGAAGUUGGCUGUUAGAUAAGGAGAUUUUCCUUUUGGUUAAUUGGAAAGCUCUAUCAGAACAAGGCUACUAAUAUAUAGGCAAAGCAUAGACUCUUUACUAAGAACUAGUGAAACAAUCAUGCUGGAUAUAACUUCUGAGCAUGAGGAGAAAAUGAAGAUACCAAAGAUGAAUUUCCUUUUGUUUAAUAGGACCCUGCUAGUAGAAUAGUAUACAGUGAAACAAAGAAGAAGAAAAAGAGCAUGUGUUCUUUUUUCUUUCCCUCUCUGAUCUUUUAAUUUGUUUUCCCUUCCUUAUUAUUGAUAUUUGUUAAAAUAUAUACACUGCUACAGUUUCAAGUAGGAUUAUAGAAACCCCCACACUUGAUUAAUAUUAGAAAAGAAAAAAGAUCAAUAAAUUCGUUGAUUUUGUUC